UCUCGGGACUCCCCUUCACGCGCCCUUGUCCGCGCCUUGCAUCCAGAACCUACCUGCCCGCGAAAUGAGCACCAUCCUUUCCUGCCAAGAUCUGAGCUUUGUAGGGGGGCAGCGCUACAACUGCCCUUACUCCGUCUCGACGUCAGCUGACCCCAGUGUUGACGUUUCCACGGAUACGCUGGUCUCCCUCUGGGACGCCCGUCCCCGGGACAACGCAGCGUGCCAACAGCACGAGCCGCCACUGCGGGAUUUGCAGCAUUCAGACCAUGGGGCGGUGUCCCUUCAGACGUGGCCAGACCAUCUUUCCCCGCAACUUCAGAGGAACAAGCAGCUUCAGGACACUUUGAUGCAGAGAGAAGAGGAACUUGCUCGACUUCAUGAUGAGAACAACAAGCUCAAAGAGUUCCUCAACUCCUCUUUUGUUAAAUGUCUGGAGGAGAAACGAAAGAAGCUCCUCUACGGUCCCAGCCGUCACAGGAAGCGGCGUCAGCAGGCGUGUGCGGAGGAGCGUGGUCCGUGCGGGCUGGUCCCAGAUGGUGUGACGAAGCGGACUUGUCGGAACCUGUCUCUGGAGUUCUGCUCGGCUGAGGAGCUGGCGACCACUCCGCCGCUGGACUCCUGGGUUCUGGAGACGCUGGGCCUGAAGGACCAGGACACCAUUGACCCAGAGUCUGGGUUCGGCAGCCCCACUCUGGACCCCACGCAGCCAUCUUUCAACCCAGCCUCCUCCAACCCCGUCUCCACCAGCUACAUCUCCCCCUCCGCCCACUACAGCCCCCCCGCGCUGGGCUCCACCUGUGACUUCAGCGCCAUCAUGGACUCCUCCAGCAGCUACAGCUGCAGCCUGCAGUCCUCAGGCAGCUACGCCCACGACGCAGACCCCUCAUCCAGCCACGCCUCUUCUCUAAGCUCAGCCUCAGAGUUCAGCUCCAGCGUGGAGAUGCCCCUGGUGUACCCCCACACCCCGACAGUGGCCCCCCAGGCCCUGCACCCCACGGGCCGUCUCCUCUCCCCUGACCUCUCUGAACGCCUGGCCCCGGUGGCGGCCUCCACGCCGCAACGUUCUCCUCAGCUGCAGUGCAGCAGCUCCCCCAGGCCUGCAGGGGGCAGUAGUGAGCUGUGCUCCCCGGUACAAAGCAGGAGCGAUCUGGCCUUCAGCAUGCUCCUCAGCCCUCGGAACAGCGUGCGCACACACAGCUUCCCCCAGGGCCAGGCCUUUGUGCGCAAGGAUGUGCAGGGUGGCUGGAACUUUACCUGGGUGCCCAAGCAGUGUGCAUAGACGUUCUGUAGCUAGCGCCCUCUGCGUGUGUGAGGACCAAACAGACUCAUUUCUACCAGAAGUUACAGAGGCAUUUGUACUGGCUGUACAACAGCGAAAAUGAUGUGUUGUGUGUUGUGUGAUUG